GAUAAAGUUUGUUUGCCUCUAUUUGAGAGCUUGCAGAUUUCGUGUUUUAUAUUUUACUCAUUUUUACUUCAAUUUAUUUAAUUUUUCUUAAAUCGUAAAUUAAACAAAUUUAUCGUUAAAAAGUGGUACGAUAGUUACAAAUUAAACUGUACGACGGAAAGGUUAACCAACAAAGCAGUUGACAUUUUUGUGUGAUGACGCGUGCUGCAUACAAAAUUUGAUGUUGGGAGUUGUAUUUAUAUAUGCAAAGUUUAAUAGAUUCAAUAAACAUUUUCAGAGCUGAUUCCAAUUUGCUCAUUUUCGUCAGUGACUAAUAAUAACGAAUAUUUGGGAAUAUAUCUAUGUUGUGAUCACAUUGAAAAAAGAGUAUAACCAUGUCGGAACCAGAUAAAAAAUCUAAUGAACCAUAUCGUCAAUUAGAAGAAUCACAUGGUGCCGAGUUAAAUGUUGGCGUACAAAAUACAUCGAGUUGUCCUACGAGCUUGAAUGCUAUUGAAGGGUCGAUGGAACUUUCCUCUGUUGUGGUUAUACCUGAUGAUACUUUUACUGUGGUACAAGCUAUCAAUGCAUUAGGCUUUGGAAAAUUCCAAGUAAAAUUGUCUCUAUUCACGGGUCUUUGUUGGAUGGUAGAUAGUAUGGAGAUCACAAUACUGAGUAUUCUAAGUCCAUCCUUACAUUGUGAUUGGGGUAUUUCUAGAUACCAGCAAGCACUGACCACAACGGUAGUAUUUCUUGGUAUGAUGUUAAGCUCUACUUUUUGGAAUAAUUUAAGCGACAGAUAUGGUCGUAAGCAAGCUUUAACUUUGUGUGCGGUAUUAUUGGCCUAUUAUGCAUUUCUAAGUUCUUUGGCACCAAAUUUUCUCUGGAUCCUAUUGCUUAGAGGAGUUGUAGGAUUUGCUAUUGGUUGUGUACCACAAUCGGUAACAUUGUAUGCAGAGUUUUUGCCAGCAAAACAACGAGCAAGAUGUGUUAUUUUACUGGAUUGUUUUUGGGCUCUUGGAGCUUGUUUCGAAGUGGCGAUUGCAUUAAUCGUUAUGCCCAAUUUUGGUUGGAGAUGGCUUCUUAUAUUAUCGUCCAUUCCAUUAUUUAUAUUUGCUGUAAUAACACCGUGGCUGCCAGAAUCUACAGUAUUUGAUAUGACAACUGGAAAAACAGAUCGUGCAAUUUCAACAUUAGAACGUGUAGCUAGAGAAAAUAAAAAAUCAUUGCCUGUAGGAAGACUAGUUAUGGAUAGAUUUUAUCAAGGUCAUCAUGGUCGAUUUAAAGAUGUUCUGAGUAAAGAAAUGUACAGAACGUCUGCUUUACUUUGGCUUGUAUGGAUGAGUACAGCAUUCUGCUACUAUGGAGUGGUAUUAAUGACAACUGAACUUUUUCACACAUCCUCAGAGCAAUGUAGCACAUGGAGUACGAGCAACAAUGAAGGUACAUGCCAACUUGACUGCCGAUUGCGGCGUAGUGACUACAUCGAUCUACUUUGGACAACAUUGGCGGAAUUUCCUGGCAUAUUUUCUACUGUUUUCGCGAUCGAGAAAAUAGGCAGACGAAAGACAAUGGCUUGCCAGUUAGUCAUGUUCGCCAUAGUAGUUUGCUUUUUAAGCAGAACCUGUUUGUUGAGUAGAGCAGUGUUGACCAUUGCCAUUUUCCUAGCCAGAGGCUUAAUUGCCGGUGUGUUUCAAGCUGCGUACGUAUACACGCCAGAAGUAUACCCUACACAUUUACGAAGUAUAGGUGUAAGUGCGUGUAGCGCUAUGGCACGAAUCGGUGCUAUGAUCACUCCAUACAUAGCACAAGUAUUUUUACAAUGGUCCAUCACGGGAACCAUGAUCACUUAUGCGACAACCGCUUUGUGUGCUGCAAUUGCUACGCUUAUACUUCCCGUGGAGACCAAGAAUCAACAAUCAAAUGACGCAAGUCACGAAAAUAGAUAGACAUUUCUGUAACGAAGUAUCUUAAUAUUGACCGAAAGUUACUACUUUGUUGCAUUAUUUAAGGUACUUUUAUAUAUUACGAUAUGUAAUAACAGAUGUAUACAUACAAACAGUUCUUGAUUGAUUGAGAACUUGUCUUGUGUAUUUAUACAUGACCAUAUAUGCGAACACGCAGAUUUAGUCAUUAUUAAUAUUUUUUAUUUAUUAUUUAAUCAAGUG